GUUGUGAAUCAUUGAAGAAAAUUGAUUUGACAGUGAAUUUUGUAGGAGAAUUAACCAGUAUUGAAUGUCUUAAAAAUAGUUAUAAUCUUCAAGAAUUGUUUUUGACAGGUAAUCCAUGUGUUAAUUAUGAAGGCUACAGACAGUAUGUGAUUGCUACACUACCCCAACUGAUGUAUCUUGAUGGUAAACAAAUCAGCAAAUCUGAGAGGAUCACAGCAAUACAACAAUUAGAUACAGUCAAACCAUUCAUAUUACAACAACAAAAAGAAUAUGCAAAGAAAAGGGCACAAGAAAAACAAGAAGCUGAAGCCAAAAAAGAAAAGAAAAAGCAGAAAACAAAAUCACAAAAAGAUAAAAACCCUGGGUUUGAUGGGAGAUGGUAUACUGAUAUAAAUAAAGAGGAUCUUGAAAAGAGGAAAGAUAUUGAAAAAGCAGAUGAGGAAAACGAGGAAGAUGAGGAAGCAGCAAAAAAAGAAGAUGAUUAUUGGGAUGAAGAAAUUCCAUUUACACCGGAAUCCAGAAUAGAAAUGCAUGAACAAAUGGUAGAAGAAGAAAAGAAAAAAGAAGAAGGAAAGAAAUCUGGUCCUCAUGUACCACAGAGAGAAGUGCGAUUACAGACAGAUGAUGGAACAAUUCUUAAUGUCAAUGAAGCAAAAAUUAAUUUCAGUUUAAGCGAUGAUGAAAAGAGUAAUGCAUUAUUGUUGGAUGUAGAAUGUUAUAAACACCUGGACACAUCAUUGCUUGAUGUUGAUGUGCAACCAUGCUAUGUAAAAGUAGUAAUCAAAGGAAAG